UAACCAAAGCGUUUCCCUCUCUUCCAGGGUCGAGGAGCACCCAGGUGUCCCUGAGCCCCGCAUCCAUUCCUGGGUGGCAGGAGGUGCCCAGCCAGCCCGCGGAGCAGAGCAGGGCAGAGCUCUUGUCGAGUCAAUGAGAGACCUCCACAAGUCUAGCGUGCUGGGAAGCAAGCACGGCAGCCUGAUGUCAUGGCGCCCGCAGUACCGCAGCUCCAAGUUUCGGAAUGUCUACGGGAAGGUGGCGAGCCGGGAGCACUGCUUCGAUGGCAUCCCCAUCACCAAGAACGUCCAUGACAACCACUUCUGUGCCGUCAACGCCCGCUUCCUCGCCAUCGUAACAGAGAGUGCCGGCGGGGGCUCCUUCCUCGUCAUCCCCCUCGAGCAGACAGGCCGGAUCGAACCAAACUACCCCAAGGUCUGCGGUCACCAGGGCAACGUGCUGGACAUCAAGUGGAAUCCCUUCAUUGAGAACAUCAUCGCAUCAUGCUCCGAAGACACCUCGGUGCGGAUCUGGGAGAUCCCCGAGGGUGGCCUGAAGAGGAACAUGACAGAGGCUGUCCUGGAGCUGUAUGGGCACAGCCGGCGUGUUGGCCUCGUCGAGUGGCACCCCACCACCAACAACAUCCUCUUCAGCGCUGGCUACGACUAUAAGGUCCUUAUCUGGAACCUGGACAUCGGGGAGCCUGUGAAGAUGAUUGACUGCCACACAGAUGUCAUCCUCUGCAUGUCCUUCAACACCGAUGGCAGCCUCCUGGCCACCACCUGCAAGGACAAGAAGCUGCGGGUGGUGGAGCCGCGCUCUGGCAGGGUCCUGCAGGAGGCCAGUUGCAAGAACCACCGUGUCAACCGGGUGGUCUUCCUGGGCAGCACGAAGCGGCUGCUGACGACGGGGGUGUCGCGCUGGAACACGCGGCAGAUCGCCCUUUGGGACCAGGAAGACCUGUCCAUGCCUCUGAUCGAAGAGGAGAUCGACGGGCUUUCGGGUCUCCUCUUCCCUUUCUACGACGCCGACACUCACAUGCUGUACUUGGCUGGCAAGGGCGACGGCAACAUUCGGUACUACGAGAUUGGCUCAGAAAAGCCCUACUUGAGUUAUCUCAUGGAAUUUCGCUCCCCAGCCCCACAGAAAGGACUGGGGGUGAUGCCGAAACAUGGGCUGGAUGUGACGGCCUGUGAGGUCUUUCGUUUCUACAAGCUCGUCACCCUCAAGGGGCUGAUCGAGCCCAUCUCGAUGAUCGUGCCGAGGAGGUCGGAAACGUACCAAGAGGACAUUUACCCAAUGACUCCGGGUACGGAGCCAGCCCUCACGCCGGAUGAAUGGCUGAGCGGGGUGAACAGAGGUAAAGCUACCGGUGCCAUGCUGCGGGGGGGUGGCACAGAGCCCUGGAAACGGCUGGGCAGUGGGAUGGGACUGCAGUUCCCCCCUGCCCUGACCCUCUCCCGCGCUCUGCCCUGCUCAGAUCCCAUCCUGAUGUCGUUGAAGGAGGGCUACAAGAAGACAUCCAAAAUUGUCUUUAAGGCACCAGUGAGGGAGAAGAGGAGCGUUGUGGUUAAUGGCAUCGAUCUGCUGGAGAACGUGCCCCCCCGAACGGAGAAUGAGCUCCUUCGGAUGUUCUUCCGACAGCAGGAUGAGAUCCGGCGGCUGAAAGACGAGCUCUCGCAGAAAGACAUACGGAUCCGACAGCUACAGCUGGAGUUGAAAAACUUACGUAACAGCCCGAAGAAUAAUUAACUUCCAGGGACGUUUUAUAAAUAAACUCUCUUUGUUUAUACUUGCUCUUUAAUUUUAUUGUAUCCACUUACACAGAAUAUGAGCCAGAAGUCAAGUGACCUGCCAAGAGCCCACUCGCUAACUGGAAAUACGUCCUCCUAGUCUUGUCUAGCACUAAAACUACUAUAACUGAAAGCUACUGCAUGAGAGGCGGCUGGGGCCUCUGCCUGCCCCAGCGACGGUCUUGGAGUAAGUAGACGAGCCAUGUCCCCUCUGUUGGGAUUAACCGGCACGGGGGAGCUGAGGCAGCAGCGGCGACUCCCCGGCAAAGCGCGAAGCUUCGUUGCUAUUAAUUUUUUUUCCUAUGCAAAAAUGUGACAGCGGGUGCAGAACUGGAACGGGGUGCAGAAAAAACACGCUGCCACGGUGGCAGCCCAGGAGCCUUCCCGGGGCGGCGUGGUCAUGGCAUGGCAUGGCCCAGUGGGCUCCGGCACAAGUGGCCUGUGAGUGUCCUGGGGCACCAGCCUGGCGCAGGGAGCUACUCCACUUCUGUGCGUGCAUCUGUGUGCAUAUAUCCUUCUUUAAAUAAUAAAAAGAGGUUGCAUUUCUGAAAAGGAGAGAUGGAUUUUUGCACCCUCUGCCUCUGCAAAGAGGGAUUUACCCUCUUCCUUUCCCCUGGGACAUGUGCCAGUGCUGUGGGGAGGGGGGGAAGGAUGCCACGCAUCGCAUCCCAGCACCCAGGGGGUGCUUCAUAGGUUCACCAUGUGUGUACAAUCACUGUUUUUUGUGGAUUAGGCCUGUGGCACAGGGAACGACACCAAAUACUGCUAGUUUACCUAUAUAUAUAUAUAUUUUCAUUAAAUCAAAUUGCUGAACUGCCCAGCACUACCAGUGCACCAGUUUCUCCUCUCCGUUAAUUUACAUUGUGCCCUGCACCCACUGCUUCCCCCUCUUUGUUACAUGUGCUGUCAUUGCCUAUUAUUUAUGCUACUACAGAAUAGUGAUGAAAUAAAAUGUUUUCAAGAUA